AUGGGUUCCAAGGACGCCAAGGCCGAAAAUCUGGCGCACGUCACCGUCGAGCCGACCAAGGACAUGCGCAUCACGUCCGACUUUGGCACGAAGCAGACCAACACGGAUGACUGGCUCAAGAUCAACAGCAAGGACAAGACGGGGCCGAUGCUUCUGGAGGAUAAUUUUGGCCGAGAAAAGAUUCAUCGUUUCGACCAUGAGCGUAUCCCAGAGCGAGUCGUUCACGCACGUGGCGCUGGCGCCUUUGGCACGUUCCGCCUCCACGAGUCGGCCGCCGACGUGACGAGCGCAGGCAUCCUCACCGACACGUCUCGCUCGACGCCGCUCUUCGUGCGCUUCUCAACAGUUCUGGGGAGCCGCGGUUCGGCCGACACGGUGCGUGAUGUACGCGGCUUCGCAGUCAAGAUGUACACGGAAGAGGGCAACUGGGACAUUGUCGGCAACAACAUCCCCGUCUUCUUCAUCCAGGACGCCAUCAAGUUCCCCGACCUGAUCCACGCCGGCAAGCCCGAGCCGCACAACGAGGUACCGCAGGCGCAGUCGGCGCACAAUAACUUCUGGGACUUUAUGUACGGGCACUCGGAGGCGACGCACAUGUACAUGUGGACCAUGUCGGACCGCGCCAUCCCACGAUCGUACCGCAUGAUGCAGGGCUUCGGCGUCAACACCUAUACGCUCAUCAACGACAAGGGCGAGCGGCACUUUGUCAAGUUCCACUUCACACCCGAGCUCGGCGUCCACUCGCUCGUCUGGGACGAAGCCCUCAAGAUCGCGGGCCAAGAUCCCGACUUCCACCGCAAGGACCUCAUGGAGGCCAUCGACAAUGGCGUGUUCCCCAAGUGGAAGUUUGGCAUCCAGACGAUCCCCGAGGCAAAGGAGCACGACUUCGACUUUGACAUCCUCGACGCCACCAAGGUCUGGCCCGAGGAUCUCGUCCCCGUGCGCUACAUCGGCGAGCUGGAGCUCAACCGCAACGUCGACGAGUACUUUACGCAGACGGAGCAAAUCGCCUUCUGCACCAGCCACGUCGUGCCGGGCAUUGGCUUCUCCGACGACCCGCUGCUGCAGGGCCGCAACUUUUCCUACUUUGACACGCAGCUCAGCCGCCUCGGCAUCAACUGGCAGGAGCUGCCCAUCAACAAGCCCGUCUGCCCGGUCAUGAACUUCAACCGCGACGGCGCCAUGCGCCACACCAUCUCCAAGGGCAAGGUCAACUACUGGCCGAACCGGUUCGAGGCCCAGCCGCCGGCCACCGAGACCGAGGGCGGCUACGUCGACUACCCGCAAAAGGUGGCAGGCAUUAAGGAGCGGGCGAGGAGUGCCAAGUUCAAGGACCACAUUUCGCAGGCGCAGCUCUUCUUCAACUCGCUGAAUGAGGUUGAGAAGAGCCAUCUCAUGGCGGCUUUGUCGUUUGAGCUUGACCACUGCGACGAGGCGAUUGUGUAUGAGCGGCUGACGGAGCGACUCGCCGACAUUGACCUUGGCCUGGCACAGUCGGUGGCUGAGAUGGUUGGCGGUAAGAAGCCUGAGAAGGCCGGCAAGCAGAAUCACGGACGCAAGGCAAAGGGGCUCAGCCAAGCCGAUUUCUUGCCUGAGAAGCCUACAAUCGCGUCGCGACGGAUUGCGAUUAUUAUCGCGGACGGCUACGACAGCAUUGCAUUCAAGGCCAUGCUGGGCGCCCUGGAGGCUGCCAAGGCGACGCCCAUCAUCAUCGGCAACCGGCGGUCGCCCAUCUUCGCGGCCGGCGAGGACUCGUCCUCCAGCAAGGGCGUGACACCCGACCACCACCUCGAAGGACAGCGCAGCACCAUGUUCGACGCCCUGUUCAUUCCCGGCGGAAGCAAGUCCACAGAGACGCUACUCAAGAGCGGCCGCGCCAUUCACUGGGUGCGCGAGGCGUUUGGGCACCUCAAGACCGUGGCCGCAACGGGCGAGGCCGUGGCCCUGCUCGACAAGGCAUUCCAGCUGCCCGGCGUGGCCAUCUCAUCCGGCGGCGAAGCCGUCGAGAGCUACGGCGUCGUGACGCUCAAGGACGCGAAGCCCGAGGGCCUGGGCGAGGUGGUUGGCGCAGCAAAGAAUGCAAAGGGGUUCCUGGACAAGUUUGCUACGUCGGUCGGACAGCAUCGGUGCUGGCAGCGGGAGUUGGACGGGCUGAGCGCACAGGUGGCGUACUGA